AUGACAGCCUACCUGAUGUGCUGGCUAGAAGCUGCUGAAAGGACAGGUUACUCCUAUGGCUUCCCCAAGUCCUUCCUCUCCUUCCUGCAUGCUCCUUCUGCUUCUCAUCUGGCAGUUUAUCUGACCUGUGAUAUACUGGUGCAGGGAGUACUACUUCUCCCUCAUAAGACAAACUGUAGCACUCCUUCUUGCCGUGGCCUGGCUGGUGUUUUUCCAUCACAGAAAUCAAGCUUGCAGCUCCUUCUGAGGAACGAACAUCUGCACACUUGCUCUCAGUGCAAGGUUGCAAAAUACUGUGGUAAAUCUUGUCAGCUUAGACGAUCAGUAUGCCUUUCUGAGAGACUCUACUCUUUUUCCGAUCUUCAGUCAAAUACUGAGCAGUUGAGUGAAGAAAUGAAAGAUGGCCUCAGGCACCUUGCGCAGACGUUGCAACUGUAUUUGAAAACGGAGAUCCAGGAUGCAUCUCACUUGCCACCUGCAAUUGACUUUUUUCAGAUCUUCACAAAACUCACCAUCAGCUAUAUUGAAUCGCUGAUGCCCACCAGUGAACGCCAAAAGCAACUGAUGCGCCAGUAUUGCUUUGUGUGUGACUGUCUUCUCUGCCGGAAUCAAGAAAAGGAUGCUGAGAAAUUGGCUGGUGAAGAGCAUGCCUGGAAAGAAGUCAAAGAUGCUGUAAAUGAAGUGAGAUCUCCAAAAUCAAAAGAAGAGUGGGAGCAGGUUCUGGCAAGAUGCCAGAAUCUCCUGAGCAGCAAUAUGGGUCGUCUUCCAGAUACAAAUAUCUAUCAGCUGAAAAUGCUUGACUGUGCCAUGGAUGCCUGUAUUAAUCUUGAAUCCUGGGAAGAAGCUUUGUAUUAUGGCAGCAAGACUCUGGGACCAUACAGCCUGUAUUAUCCUGGUUUCCAUCCGCUGAGGGCUGUCCAGCUGAUGCGAGUCGGCAAACUGCAGUACAGUCAAGAUAUGUUUCCUCAAGCACUGGAGACCUUGAAACAGGCCAGUACUGUGAACUGUUUCUUCCCUGUCCCCCUCCCUUGCUUCCCCCAAACCUGCUGUGUGUCUCCCCCUUCUGUUCUGACUGGACCUCAUGCCUUUGGAUACUCCUCACUGCUUUUUCUAGCGGUGGUGUUUCCCCGGGCUGCAGCUGAGUAUGGUGAUGGGUCACUCUUGCUCAGCGUUUCAGACACGGACUUCCUCCAGUAUCAGUCACUGCUAAUCACAGUUCAAUAG